AGAGCAUUUGUAAAUAGAAUAAGGGCGAUUUCAACCUAAUUAUGUUUUUUGUAACAAACAAACCAAAACAGAUUAUAGUAUAAAUUCAUAUUUAAUAUCUAUAUUUCAAAAUAUCUAAGACACCUCACGUCCAGCCUUACUGCCAGGUUCAGGUGCAACGUUGGCAUUCUAGUGGGACUUUUUGAGGACUACUUUAACACAGUUUCCCAGUCAGCAAACCUCAGUGUCAGGGGCGCGGCCUCCCCUUGGGCUGCCUGCUGGAUUGUGUAACGGGAGGACGGAGCGCUCCAUCCAGCCACAGCGGCGGAGAUGGCGGACGCGGCGGAGACCUCUAUCAAGGUGGUGUGCCGUUUCAGGCCGCUGAACAGCUCGGAGGUGGCCCGGGGAGACAAGUACAUCCCGAAGUUUCAAGGGGAUGACUGUGUGAUCAUUUCGGGUAAACCGUACUACUUUGACCGUGUGUUCCAGUCCAAUACAACUCAGGUGGAAUUCUACAACGCUGUGGCUCAGAAGAUUGUCAAAGAUGUGCUGGAUGGCUACAAUGGGACCAUAUUUGCCUACGGGCAGACAUCCUCUGGCAAAACACACACAAUGGAGGGGAAACUCCAUGACCCAGACAUGAUGGGAGUCAUUCCCAGAAUUGUUCAAGACAUCUUCAACUACAUUUAUUCAAUGGAUCAGAACCUGGAGUUUCAUAUUAAAGUUUCAUAUUUUGAAGUCUAUUUGGACAAAAUCAGGGACUUGUUGGAUGUAACAAAGACCAACCUUUCCGUACAUGAGGACAAAAACAGGGUGCCCUAUGUCAAGGGGUGUACCGAGCGUUUUGUGUGCAGUCCUAACGAGGUCAUGGACACCAUAGAGGAAGGCAAAAACAACCGCAGCGUGGCUGUCACAAACAUGAAUGAGCACAGUUCCAGGAGUCACAGCAUCUUCCUCAUCAACAUCAAGCAGGAAAACACUCAGACUGAGCAGAAACUCACCGGCAAGCUGUACCUGGUGGACCUGGCUGGCAGUGAGAAAGUGGGUAAAACUGGAGCAGAGGGGACAGUGCUGGAUGAAGCCAAGAUGAUCAACAAGUCCCUGUCUUCACUGGGAAUUGUUAUCUCAGCUCUGGCAGAGGGCUCGAGCUAUGUACCAUACAGAGACAGUAAGAUGACCAGGAUCCUGCAGGACUCUCUGGGAGGGAACUGUCGGACCACCAUGGUCAUCUGCUGCUCGCCCUCCGCUUUCAAUGACUCUGAGACCAGGUCAACGCUGCUAUUUGGACAGAGGGCCAAGACUGUCAAGAACACAGUGUGUCUGAAUGUGGAGCUGACUGCGGAGCAGUGGAAGAGCAAGUGGGAGAAAGAGAAGGAGAAGAACAAGACACUAAAGAACACCGUCACCUGGCUGGAGACCGAGCUCAACCGCUGGAGGAGCGGAGAGAGUGUACCGGCGGAGGAACAGUUUGAUAAAGAGAAGGCCAAAGCAGAGGUGCAGGCCCUGGACAGCGCACUCAACAAUGAUAAGACACCAGCUAAACCUGCCCUCAGCACACUCCCUGGAGUCAAACUCACAGACGCAGAGAAAGAGAAGUAUGAGGCAGAGAUGGCCAAGCUCUACAAAGAGCUGGAUGACAAGGACGAUGAGAUCAACCAGCAGUCCCAGUUAGUGGAGAAGCUGAAUGAACAGAUGUUGGACCAGGAGGAGGUGACACGACCCGCCCCCUUUCUUUCCCCCCUAACUCCCCCCUACCGCGUUUCAGCCCUCCAGCACAAACCCAGUCUGACAGCUGAUAGCGGACCAUUAGUAGCCCUGCAGGAGAGGCCUAAUGUUUUUCCGACCUCUCAGCAACAAGAGAGCAGCGGUCUCAUUGAUGAAGAGUUCACUGUGGCCCGUCUCUACAUCAGCAAGAUGAAGUCGGAGGUAAAGACGAUGGUGAAGCGCAGCAAACAGCUGGAGAGCACUAAGGCUGAGAGCACCCAGAAGAUGGAGGAGAUGGAGUUGGAGCUGACUGCCUGCCAGCUCCGCAUCUCCCAGCAUGAAGCUAAGAUCAAGUCCCUGACAGACUCCCUCCAGAAUGUGGAGCAGAAGAAAAGACAGCUGGAGGAAAAUGUGGACUCGCUCCAUGAGGAAAUAGUCAGGAUCAAAGCCCAGGAGAGAGUCAAUACCAUGGAGAAGGAGAAUGAGAUCCAGUCAGCCAAUGAAGUCAAGGAUGCUGUUGAGAAACAAAUCCAGUCCCACAGAGAGACUCAUCAGAAACAGAUCAGCAGCCUGAGAGACGAGCUGGACACCAAGGAGAAACUCAUCACAGAGCUGCAGGAUCUGAACCAGAAGAUCAUGCUGGAGCAGGAGAGGCUGAGGGUGGAGCACGAGAAGCUGAAGGCUGCGGAUCAGGAGAAGAGCCGCCAGCUGCAGGAGCUCACGGUGCUGCAGGACAGGCGGGAGCAGGCCAGACAGGACCUGAAGGGACUGGAGGAGACUGUGGCCCGAGAACUGCAGACACUCCACAACCUCAGGAGGCUUUUUGUCCAAGACCUGGCCACUAGAGUCAAAAAGAACGCUCAGAUGGACUCAGAUGACACAGAAGGCAGCGCUGCCCAGAAACAAAAGAUCUGCUUCCUGGAGAACAACCUCGAGCAGCUCACCAAAGUCCACAAGCAGCUGCUACGGGACAACGCAGACCUUCGCGGUGAGAUCCCUAAAAUGGAGAAGCGCCUGCGGGCAACGGCUGAGCGGGUCAAAGCCCUGGAGUCUGCUCUGAAGGAGGCCAAAGAGAACGCAGCCCGCGACAGGAAGCGCUACGAGCAAGAGAUGGAGCGAAUUAAGGACGCUGUCAAGCCCAAAAACAUGGGAAGGAGACCCUCGAUAGCCAAGCCCAUCAGACCAGGCCAGCUGCCAGGAGCCUCUCUCAUCAACCCCAGCGUCAACAGGUCCAACCUCAUCAUCAAGGAAGGGGGCAACGGCAGCUCCUGAGGAUGCAACACAGUCACCCAAACAGGAAUCCAGAAGCCCAGAGACAUUUCCAUUACAAAAUAUUGAACUUUUACCUGGAACCACUGCACCAUUCUUCCAACAGCAAAGUGUGUAUAUACUGUUUAUAAGUAUGGCCUGUACUGUGCAGUCCUUCAAGCCUCCGACUCUAAAAGAAACCAAACACACGCAAAAUCAACACAUGACGUGACAUGCUGCUCUGCUAACAGCAGCUUGCCCCGAACUGUGCCAACAUGAAUGUACGUAUCAGACCUUGAUGUUGUGCUGUACAGAGAAGAGAGAGCACUGGUCCUGUUGUUUUUCAUAUUUCUCGGGAUUCCUUUGGUUUAAGCACAGAUUGUGGAUUGGUUUUUGAACUGAACUGGGGGCAAAGGAAGAUCACAGAAAUCUCUUAGUGACACUCUUCUGCCUGUGCAUCAGCUCACCCAAAAUCAAAAAUACAUAUUUUUUCCUCUUACCUGUAGUUCUAUUUAUCCAUCCACAUUAUUUUGGUGUAAGUUGCUGAGUUUUGGAGAUUUCUGCCGUAGAGAUGUCUGCCUUCUCACCAAUAUAAUGGAACCAGAUAGACCUUGUUGUGAGUUGUUUCAUGUAGGAACUAUUUUCUUUCCAUGUAUCACCACGCAGAAGGAAACAUGGAUCUACUAAUAGAUACUGAUAGAGGCUGGUGCUCCUGACAGUGCUUUUACACAUUAAUGGUGCCCUCCUCAACUGAGCUGCUAGCUCACCUAGCACCACAGACAUAGCUAGCGUUCAGCUACGGUUGGUGGGUGUAGUUCGGUAGAAAGAAAAUAUUACCUAGAUGAAACUACUUGGUCUAUGGAUUAUCUUGAGUAACCGGGUCAUGAUUUCUGGAAAGAGACAUUGCUGUUGAGCUUUUCAGAUGUAUUUUUUGGCACUUUGAGCACCACAAGCUGAGUGCCAUCUGGUUCCAUUGUAUUG